UAGAAUUUACAUAGUGAAACUUUUUUAAUUUGUGUUAUUAAAUUUUUAACGAUAUUUUCCAAUUUAAUGACCGUACUGUAAUACGAAAAAAUAUUAUUUUCUGUUUAUAUUCAGUGAAAAAAAUUAAUAUUUGUUAGUUUUUGGACAAUGAUAUGGUGAAAGUAUUUAAAAACAAUUUGUUAUUAGAAGAAAUGGAUGAAAUAGAAGAUUUUUUAAAUGGUGCAUUAGUAUCUUGGCUUGAGUCAUGUCUCCCAAGACCAGAAAUUUUAUCUGGAUAUCAAUCAUUACUUGAUGGGUCAAUAGUACACAGUGUAUGGCUGCAAAUAGAUCCAGAGCCAACUUAUCAUCCAUUAAAUCUAACAAAUUUGGAGGGUUUAGCAUUAGCGACAGCAAGAGCAAAAAAUUUUGAUGUUGUCAUUAGGAAUUUAAAAUCUCUAUAUGAAGAGGAAUUAGGUCAAACAAUAUUAAAUUUGCCUGAUUGCUACAUACUAGGUUUUAAUCCAGAAACACGUUCAGGACUUGAACAGAUGAAACUUUUGCUAAUAUUAUUACUAGGAGCAGCAGUUCAGUGCCCGAAUAAAGAAAUUUUUAUAGCUCGAAUAAAAGAAUUAGAUGUUAAUACACAGCAUGGUAUAGUGGAAUUGAUUAAACAAGUAACUGAUAAUCAUAGCUUAGUUUUGACACAAGAAUCUGUAGAAGUUUUGACACCCAGCGCUAUGUACAAUCACAUAAUUCGUUUGACAAAAGAACGUGAUAAUAUACACUCAAAAUGGAUUUGCUCCUUAAUUACCGAACCUGAAGUAAAUUUAAUAGGAUCGGAAAGUGUUCAAAGUACUCCGUUGUCACCUGUGAGUGGCAUUGGAACAACUUCAACAGCAUCGACAGAAAGUAACCAUAUGGCAGUUGAACUAGCAGAUUUAAAAUCAAAAUUAAGAAAAUUGAGACAAGAAUUGGAAGAAAAAUCUGAAGCUUAUUUGGAAGUAAAGGAAGAAUUAGAGCAUAAAAAUGUUCAAUAUGAAAAGCUACGAUCGGAGAGUCAAGAAUGGUACACAGAAGCAAAACGGGCUGCGGCAUAUAGAGAUGAAGUCGAUGUUUUAAGGGAAAGAGCUGAAAGAGCAGAUCAUUUAGAAAUAGAAGUUCAAAAAUUCAGAGAAAAACUUACUGAUGCAGAAUUUUACAGAAGCCGUGUUGAAGAAUUACGUGAAGAUAACAGAAUGUUGAUGGAAACGAAGGAAAUGUUAGAGGAUCAAUUACAAAGAUCAAGAAAACGCAGUGAACAUGUGAUGUCCCUGGAAUCCGAAAUAAUAAAAUAUAAACAAAAAUUGAACGACAUGGCUUUAGAACGCGAUGUAGAUCGAACCAAAUUGCAAGAAGUUCUAGAAGAAAAUACUCAAUUGCAGCUAGUGGCUAAAAAUUUAAAUUCUACUCACGAAAUAGAUCAUACCAUAUCUGAAAAUGAAGAUGAUUGUAAUUCGGGAGAUAACAGUUUGUCUGAGCAACUGACGACUAGUGCACAGACAAGAGCCUUAAAGCUCGAAUUGGAAAAUCGUCGUUUACUAGCCGCUUUAGAUCAACUAAAAGAAUCUUCUUUCCACGAAUCAACUAAUAAAAUAUUAGAACUCGAAAAGGAGAAAAAAAGAUUAUCUUUAAAAUUAGAUCAGCUUACAGAAAACUCUAACAGGUUAACGCAACAAAACAAGGAGCUUGAAGACGUUUUUAAAAAUGCCUUAGAAGAAAAUAAAAAACUUCAAGACGCUAUCGAUUUGCGACAGAAGGUAAAUGAGCGACAAAGUCAGGAACGUGAAAUAGAAAGAGCUAAGUUAGUUGAUUUGGAAAAACUUGUGGAAAGUUUAAGUAAAGAAAAACAACGAAUACAAAAUUUAAACGAAAGCAUACAACGAAGAGCAGAUGAUUUAGAUCGUAUUCUUGACAUGAAAAUUAAGGAAGUUGAACAAUUAAAUGAAAAAUCGUUGGAAUUGGAUAGAACGAAAAAUCAAAUAUAUGAAUUGGAGAUAAAAUUUAAUACAAUGGAACGCGAAAACACAAGUUUAACAAAAGAAGUUACAAAAUUAAAAGAAAAUUUGGAAAUGAAGUCGGUUCAAUUAGACAAAACUUCAUUAGAGUUAGAGACCCAGUCAAAAGAAGUAAUGAAAUUAAGAAAAGAUAUUGAAAAAUUGGAAAUAAAUGAAGUGAAAGUUUUGGAGCUAGAAAAGCAAAAUCAGGAACUAACAAAACAGAGGGAAAUUGAUCUUCAAACUAUUGAUACUUUGAGGAAUGAUUUAGUAAAUGGCACGCUAGCAACAAACAAAGUUAAACAAAACUUAGAAAAACUAGGUAUUGAUAACUCUGAUAUUGAAAAUGGGGACUUAAAUGUUGUUGAAAGCGUUGUUGAAAAACUAGUGAAAAACCCAGAAACAUUCAAAACUGUUCGGGAAAUUAUGCUAAAUGUAACACGAAAUGAAAACAACAAAUCAGAUAUGUGCGUUUUAUGUCAUCGAAAAGAAAUUUUCACAGUGGAGAAAAAUAUUGAAAUAUCAGCUAGUCACGAUGAAGAAAACCAAGAAAUAAGUGAAAUUAGUAGCAUUGAAAAUUUCAACACUAAAAAUGAGCACUUCAAAACAAAUAUUGCCGCCAAAUGGAAGGAACAGUGCGAGCAAUUAUGUACAACGAAUCAAUCAUUGCAAAAUUCAAAUGAACUCUUACAAGCUGAAAAUGCACGCCUAAAUGUUGAUGUAGCCACAUUAGGAUCACAAAUUACAUCACUGAACACACAACACGUGGCGCUACAAUUAGCUAAUUCACAAUUAGCUGCUGAUAAAGAUGUUCUUUUGAAACAAGUUGAUUCAGUUAAAAUGGAGCACAAAAAUUUACUACAUGAUCAAAUAACUCUUCAAUGUUUACAUGAUCAAUUAAGUUCAGAGUAUGAAUCUCUUAAUAAAGAUAAAGAAGCUCUUAAAACUGUGAUACGAGAUUUACGUAAUGAAAAUCGGGAAUCAAAAGAACGUGCUUCCAAUUUAGAGAAAAUGGUUGAGGAGCUUCAGGUGCAAAUGUCUACCAUGAAAUCAAGCAUUGAUGAUUCUGCAAUAUUAAGAGCUGAACAUUCUAAAUUGACUGAUGAUUUUCGAAACUUAUUCGCUACAAGCGAUCGUUUUAAAAAUGAAUACAAAAAUCUUCAAAAGCAAUAUAAAAUGAUUAGAGCCGAAAAUGCAAGAUUAAUACUGCAAAAUACUGAACUUUCCGGUGAAUUAAAUUUGCGUAUAGAUCAAGUAAAAUCAUUGGAAAUCGAAUAUACUAAAGUGUCUCAACGUUGUGAGAUGCUACUACACCAAAACUCCAAUUUAGACAUUGAUCGGCGCACUUUGAUGGAUAAUGUUUCGCAACUGCUAUCACAAUAUCAUGAACUUUUAACUCACUCGCUUGAAGAUAAACAGCAUUAUCACGACGAAGAAAAAAAUUUCACAGAUAAAGUUAAUAGUUUAAAUAGGCAAAAAGAAAAAUUGGAAGAGAAAAUAAUGGAAACUUAUAAAAAAUCAGAAAGUUGUGCUCCCAAAAAAAAACCAUUUGGUAGUAGUUUUGUAAAACGAGUUAAAAAAGCAAGUUCCGAUUUAAUGAAUAAAGUUCCCAGUAGGAAUCGACGGUCUUGGAUAGAUGACUCACGUUUAACUCAAUCACAAUUUGCACUAGGUUCUGAAUCAGGCGGUAAUGAAUCAGAUAACAGCACAGAAGAACAAAAUUCUAUUGCUUCCGACACACAUUUAAUACAAAGGAACGCUCCGAUGAGACAAAGUUUGCAACGUAUAACAAAUGAAACAGUGGAAACUGCAAUUUUGAGAGGUGGAAUAAGAAGUAGUUUGCAGUCACACAAAAGAAGUGAUUUAAGUAACACUCGUAGAAAUAGCGUGCACGGCAGAUUGGAAGCCCCUGAUGUUACCGGCAGCAGUUUAACAUUAGGUACGGCUGGAAGCCGCCGCACUGUCUAUUUAAUUGAUGAAAAUCAAAAGUUACCAGAUUCUCAAACACCUACACCAGAAGCUCAAACUCCAACUAACCCAACAACUAUUUCCUCAACUGGAACAUCAACAGUAUCUUCAACUGGACCUAGUUCUGGACAUUUGAAUGGGAAUAAUAGUAGUCUAAAAAAUGAUGCUCAACCUUCUACUUUCGUUAUGUACAAUCGUAUUAAUACUAUGAUCGGUGGUUCUACAAAUGAAACUCCAUCAGAUGCUGUAGCAUCAGGUUUCAAAGGAAAUGGAACACAAUCAGGAGAUGAAAAAAGUUUAACAAAAAAACGAAAUGACGAUAAAGCAAGCAGUAUUUGGUAUGAGUACGGUUGUGUUUAAUUUUCACCAAUAAUCGAACUUUUAUGGAAUUUUUAAAAUUUUACUAAAAGAGGAACCUUUUGUAUUGGUAAAAAAAAAAAUCUUAUGGCACAAACAUUAUUUUAAAAACUGGAAAUUAAACCAAAAUUAUUAAAAUUAUAUUUUGAAAAUUAUAAAUAAAAAUUUCACAAUUAUUUAAUAAAGAAAAGGGAAUAUUGUAAAAAAUUCAAGAAAUCCAUAUUCAAAAAAUGCCUAUGCUUUUUAUAAAUGAUUGCACAAUAUUUUUUUAAUUUAUUUU